AUGGCUCGUCACACUGAAGUGGUGUUACUUCUUAUUGUUGCCACAGCAGCGACAGGUUUGGCUACUGUGGUCCCUCUGUCAGAUGCUUAUUUUGAUAAGAUCGUACAGGAAGCCAAAGACCGUCGAGUAAAUGACAGAUGUUCCCAAUGCUGUCAAUUUGGUUGGGUGCAAUAUAAUAGACGCUGCUUCAUAUAUAAGGCCACCCAGGUGAUCUGGGCUUCUGCUGAGGAACACUGUGUGCAUCUGGGUGGACACUUGAUAUCAAUACACAAUGAAAAUGAUUACCAGCUGGCCAAGUCCCUUAUCCGUACUCAUGACCCCAAGCAGAAUCCAACAUGGAUCGGCCUUUCUAGCUGUCAGAAGAAAGGUAAGUGGUUUUGGUCUGAUGGCACCAAACUGACUUUCACCAAGUGGAACCCAAGAGAACCAAAUCAGCUAAUUGGAGAGUGCUGUGCGCAUAUGAAUUACGGCAAAAAGAAGGACUGGAAUGACAUUCGCUGUAAAAAGAAAUAUCCCUUUGUGUGUGCCAAGAAGCUUAAGUGA